AUGACAAAGCAUAAUUUAGAAGAUCACCUGUCCUGGCUGUUGAAUCGUGGGCCUUUCAUACCGCCUCUGCUGCCAGCGCAAGCACAUACCACCACAGCUGAAGAGAGCACAACGCAGCCAAGGGCUCCUGGCCUUCCAACCCCUUCCGAUGAGGCGUAUAGCACCAACAACGAGACUAUUGUCACUUUAAAGCCUAGCGAACACAAGUUCGGCUCACAGGAUGCUAAGGUUCGGGAAGCCGAUAACGGGUACGAGUUAAUAUCGGCUGUGGAUAUGGCCCGGCUUCAAUUUGCUCCCCCGUCGUCUACGAAGCCUCGAAUGUUGAGUACCAUUAAGCAAAAUCCCCCUACUUCACCAGACACAUCCUGUGUUAUGAAGGGACACUGCGGCUUUCCUGGUCCUGAUGAGGCGCAUUCUCGACCGAAGAACAACACUAGUGUAUGGAGCCCCUCAGGAACCACUCCACCACUAAUGAGUCCGAAAUCAUUAUCUCGUCAAGAGUCUUAUCCUCGGGAUUCUAAGGUUUCCGCAAACAUUGUCGAUGCUAUCGAUUUAACCGGUGAUCAAGGCCACCAUACUUCAUCGUCGGGAACCGUUGAAGCUUUUGGGGAACCACUACGAAUAUGGAGGGAAGACUACGCAUCCCGUUCCGAGCCAUUGGGAAGUCGUGGCGUAAAACGAAAAAGCGACGAAUACGAAGCAGACACAAAAUUCUCAAGGAAACUAUUGUCGCGAAGUUGCUCUCCAAUUUCUCCAGUGCAAUCAGACAAAAAGAAACGCACCGAUUUCACUCUUAAUUCAACGCAUAGCAAGAACGUUAAAAGGCCUUCGUUACACACGGUUAUUGGUGACUCAGAGGGUGAAGACGAUGGGAUUGAUAUUUUUCCCACUGAUAACGAAGAGGGCUUCCGGUCUCCUAGACGUCUAUUGAAUGGACUUGACUUAUAUCCAAAGCUAUCUAAGCCGCGAAACGGCCGGCCGGAAAAAGCCAAGCCCAAGAAAUUGCCGUCCUUUGAUCGAGCAACUUCGAUGGAGGCUAGUUGCCGGCCCUCUGUUGCUUCUCCUGUCCAGCAACACACCACUAUAUCGAAUAUACAGAAACACAAAGAUCGUAGCAAUGUCUCCGAUAGUUCUAGGUCCUGUGGCUCUCCCAGCCAUCAAGGAAGACAAAAUCCUACUUUGGCCCAUUUCCUCUCUCUUCCCACUCGUUCCGUUGGCAAUUUCCUGGAAAGGCUUAAAAGUGACCGUUCAAGAAAUGCAGAGUUGGCGUAUCAGCGGGCUAUGGACGCUAUUGAUGCUUCUGAUUUAAUUCGUGAAAAUAAGAUCUUGAACUCAAAGAUUGGAGCCCUUGAGAAUCUCCAAAUGGAGCACAACACAUAUUCUUCGUUACUGACUAAACAGGAUGAACUUAAAAGGCGAAUAAUACAGUCUGUGGAACGAGCAGCGAUUCUCCCUGGAUCGUCUACUGAUGUUGACGAAGCUCGAAAACUUAUAUGGCAGAGGCAGGAACAAGAAGCUAAAAUGGUUGACUUGAUUGAGCAAUCGGGGAUCCUUAGCGAAAAUUCUACCGCCGUCAACGGUGCUGAGCCACCAGAACAUAAAAUUUUAAUUACGGGAACACAGUUUCCAAAGCAGCGAACCUACGAUAUUCCAAAGUCUUUUGAUUCCUUUUCUUCUUCAUCCUGCCUCCCAAAUAUCUCCCGCCUUCUUCCACCGUCUCUGCCGUCGACGCUCACAGGACCCAAAACUCCCCGAAGGUUUAGUUCUGGAAAUAUGUCUUUCCGCGAUAAUAAUAAUGACGACGAGUUCAUGCUGGAUAGUGAUGAUAUAUUCUCGAGGAAUAUGGGAACUCCUGUUGCCCUUGAUAUGCUGGAUUUCGACAACGAUGCGGAUGAUUUUGAUAUGCUUGAGGCAGCGGAACAUUUUGAAAAUCAAUGGUCUGGAUCUGCACGCGACCAUGCUUUUGGAAGCCAGAACUUUGGUCGUGGGCCAACCUCCUCUGCCAAGAAACCCGCGCCUGAAUCAUUGCAGUAUCCUUGGUCCAAGGAUGUCAAGUCCGCAUUGUUACAUCGUUUCGGACUCUCUGGGUUUCGUCUCAAUCAAUUGGAAGCCAUUAACGCCACGCUAGGCGGGAAAGAUGCUUUUGUUUUGAUGCCAACAGGGGGAGGGAAGUCUCUCUGUUACCAAUUACCUGCUGUAGUCAAUAGUGGUACUACAAAAGGGGUUACGGUUGUCAUAUCACCUCUUUUGAGUUUGAUGGAAGACCAGGUUGCACAUUUGAAAGAGUUACACAUCCAGGCGUUCCUCCUGAACGGAGACGUGAACAAGGAACACAAAUCUUUGAUAUACAGUGCUCUAGCCAACCCUAAUGUUGAGAAGCUUAUACAAUUACUUUAUGUCACCCCUGAAAUGGUGAAUAAAAAUGGAGCAUUGCUAGGUGCAUUGAGUCGCCUUCACAGCAGAAAGAAGUUGGCACGCAUUGUCAUCGACGAAGCUCAUUGUGUAAGUCAAUGGGGCCAUGAUUUCCGACCCGAUUACAAAGAAUUGGGCAACACCAGAGCAAAGUUCCCAGGAAUACCGCUCAUGGCACUUACUGCCACUGCCACAGAAAAUGUCAAAAUUGACGUUAUCCACAACCUCGGUAUGCGUAACGCGGAAGUAUUUGUCCAGUCUUUCAACCGACCCAAUCUGACCUACGAAGUCCGACCGAAGCCCAAAAACACAAAUGUUAUUGAAAGCAUUGCUGAAACAAUCAACGAAUCAUACAGUGGUCAAGCCGGAAUAAUUUACUGCCUAUCAAGACGAAGUUGCGAAAAAGUGGCAGCACAGUUGCGUGAUAAGUACAAGAUAAAGGCUGCCCACUAUCAUGCUGGUUUGCCCUCGGAAGAACGAAUAUCGAUUCAAAGAGAUUGGCAAUCUGGAAAAUACAAUGUUAUCGUGGCAACAAUUGCCUUUGGAAUGGGAAUCGACAAGGCAGACGUUCGUUUUGUGAUACAUCAUACCAUGCCGAAGAGCCUCGAGGGGUAUUAUCAGGAAACUGGGCGAGCUGGUCGAGAUGGCAAACGGUCAGGUUGCUAUCUUUAUUACGGAUUUCAAGAUACGGGACCCCUACGGCAUAUGAUUGACAAGGGCGAGGGGAGUUUCGAGCAGAAAAAGCGCCAACGCCAAAUGCUUCGCCACGUUGUCCAGUUCUGUGAAAAUGAAAGUGAUUGCCGGAGGGUACAGAUCCUUGCCUACUUCAAUGAAAAGUUUGAGCCAGAGAACUGCAAUCGCUCUUGUGAUAACUGUAAGUCGGGCUUGACUUUUGAACCAAUGGAUUUCACGGAUCUUGCUGUUUCUGCUGUGAGCCUUGUUGGGCGUCUUGAGAAGCAGAAGGUGACAACACUCUACUGUGUGGAUAUCUUUAGGGGAGCUACGAAGAAAUUCGCAGACUCUGAGCACAAACACUUUCCCGAAUUUGGUGUUGGGUCUGAGUUGGAUCGCCCUGAUGUUCAACGAUUAUUUUCCUACCUACUUUGCGAAGAGGCCUUGAAGGAAGAGAAUGUUAUCAACAACGCACAUUUUGCUACUCAAUACGUGCAGCUUGGCGUUAGAGCAUCCGAAUUCCUCAAUCGUCGUCGUAAGAUCAUGCUCCCAAUUCGCGUUUCUGCACAUCGGAAAGCUACCUCCCUAGCUAAACCUGCCGCCACGCGAAAUCGUGGAACUCGAGUUCGUGCACUGGGGAACGAGCAUCCACAGUCUACUAAUGUUUCAUCUCCUGUUCAAGCAUCAUUGCGGCGACGGAAUUAUGGACGGGGUUUUGUAGGCCAGAACAUACCUGAAGAUGACGACGAGGAUGAUAGCGAUGGCUUCGAACCAAUACGUAAGGCUGGUCAACAUAGCCGGUCGGAUGCCAAUGAUUUGGGACCUCCAAUCACCGAUGACGGAAAAUUUUCUCGGCUGGAUCACCUCCAGAGCAUUAUGGUGGAGGAGUUUAUGUUUUAUGCCAAAAAUACAUGCCAUGAUAUCAUGUUGAAAAGAUCCCUUCGAAGUCAACCAUUUCCUGAUGCUAUUCUGCGAGAAAUGGCAAUCAACUUGCCGAAAGAUAAAAAACAACUUUUGAAAAUACCCAAUAUUGAUCCAGACAGGGUCGAGCGUUAUGGGACUCAGUUUCUUCACCUUAUUCGACGAGCAGAGGAUCGCUAUCAGGAACUCGUGGCAGAGAGAGAUAGGGAUGGAUCUCCGAUUCCAGACCCGAAUCAUGAAAACGUCAUCAACAUCAGCAGUGAUUCCGAACUGGGCUUUGGUGACGACUUUGACGAUUUUAUUGACGACACGCAAGCUACAGGUGUCCCCCUAGACGAGCAAAGCUCUUUCUUUGAACAAGAUGACGAGAUCGCUGCAUUUAAUGCUCGCAUGUAUGAACUCCAAACAACGCGAGCUUCUGGCCCUGUCACCGGCACACCCAAGACGCAGCCUCCAGGUCCAUCAAAUCACGGUGCUGGUUCGUAUAGAUACGGUAAGAAUUCAUAUGCCAAGAAGAAUUCAAGAACUCGACCAAAUGGAGGUGGUAGUGGUGGAGCUGUAUCAAGCAGAAAACCAGGAAACCCUCGAACAAAAAAGAGGACCCAAGGGUCAACUUCACGCCAGUCUAAACGCGGCGUAUCUGGCUCAGGAUCUCGCGGUGUUGGCAUUAGUAUGAUGCCGACGUAG